AUGUAUUUUAGGUUACUAGUUAUUGUUGCUAUUUGUGUUCAAAUUGGUUCAGGAGAAAAGCAGAAACAUGAAUUUAAACAUAAAUUGGGUCACCUCAAGGAGAUACCAAAAAGAUUCGAAGUACAAGACAUAAACGCCGAAGAAAUAUUUACAAGGUAUUUACGGGACAUUAGAGACUUGGCUAGGUUGGCAAACAUGACUGUGAGAUACAAAGUUAAAGUAGAAUUACAAAAACCAACAAAUAAGAAGAUUAAGAAAAUAGAAAAAGGUUAUAAGGUGAAAACAAAGAAGUAUAUAGUACCAUUGAAACGAAAGAACAUGAAACUAUCGAAUUUCGAAAUAAUAAUGAGGAAGCAAGUAGACCAGAUGGCAUCAGAGGCGAGUGUUGCGAUGCAACAAGUUCCAAAAUCAACGGAAGAACCACCACAUUUUAUAACAACGAAGGCGAUGUUUAAUGGAAAAUAUAAACCAAUUCUACGACAUGUGAAGUCAAAUUAUACGAAAAUAGUGAAACCUGUACGAAACAAAAUAAUAACACUAAACUAUGAACCAGUGGUACAGUGA